AUGCACCCUCGUAACAAAUAUAAGGAUAAUCCUCCAGACUUUUCUGUUCUUGCAUUUAAAUAUCCGUCCUUUUAUCCUUUUGAGCUUACAUACUGUCUGUUACGUGAAGACUUUAAUCUAUUUCUAGACAUUCCCCUAGAUACUUUAUGUCCUCCGAUUCCAAGCAGACUGAAUUAUAUCCACUGGAUAGAGGAUUUGAUAUCAUCGACAGAAUCUCACGAAGAAUUGGGUAAAAAUACUGUACAUGGAAUCGAUAUUGGUACUGGAGCUUCUUGUAUUUAUCCAUUGCUAGGAUGUACAUUAAAUAAGAAUUGGGUAUUUUUAGCUACCGAUAUCGAUAAAAAGGCUGUUAAGUAUGCGAAAGACAAUGUGCAUCGAAAUAACUUGGAUGAUAAAAUUACAGUGCGUCGCAAUAAAACAGACAAGAAAAUCCUUCUAAACGAAAACAUGAUAAAGGAUACAACUAUCAAAUUUUCAUUUUGUAUGUGUAAUCCACCAUUUUACGAGAAUCAAGAGCAAUACGAAAAAGGAGUUGAGAGCAAAAUAACCAGCUCUCAUUCGGUAUGCACCGGAUCAUCUAAUGAAAUGUUUACACCGGGUGGCGAGUUUCAAUUUAUUAAGGAUAUUCUAGAGGAAAGUUUGAUCUUACGAACAAAAAUUCGUUGGUAUACAUCAAAAAUUGGACGAUUAGAAACGGUUAACAAAAUAGUCUGUGAAUUGAAAAAAUCAGGAAUAGAUAACUACGUAGUAACUGAAUUUUGUCAAGGACUUACACGAAGAUGGGGAAUAGGGUGGUCAUUUGGAAGUCAACGUCCAACUUUUAGUGGCUCGCAACCUGUUUCCAAGAAACUUAGAAGGUCGGCGCCACCAAAAAGCGAAUUUAGUGUUGUUCUACCGACAAACGUGGGAGAAAUUUUUAAGUUUUUGCGAAAUCUCUUCGAUGAAUUGGAGGUUACUGGACAAUGGAACGAAGAAUCUAAUACAUUUUAUGGUAGUGCACAAAUCAAUACUUGGUCACGUGCUGCAAGAAGAGCUAAAGCUAAAACGGAAGCACAAAAAACUCCUAUAACUCAGAAAGCAGGGGAUGAAAAUUUAUUCGAAUUUACGUGCAAUCUGGAACCGGAACCUUUGGAUGUGAGUAUUAGUAACACAAGAGUAAUAAUUUCAUGGACAAAUGGAAAAGACAGGAAUAUAUUCGAAUCUUUUUAUCUUCAUAUUAAAAAACGGUUAGAGCAAGAAUUUAAUGAUAAAACAGCUUCUUUAUAA